UGCGUAAUCCCCGUCCUUUUGUAUCCGCUUGUCGUUGGUUGACAUCUUCCACCCAGCCUUUUCCUUCUGCCCAGGUGGCCUGUUCCUUUCACCUUGUUAUUUGCCGCUUGGCCACUUAACCAAAAUUGCCCCUCCCGAAUACUUUCCUAUCUAUCAGGCCAGCUUACAUUCCGUUCCGCUACGUUUCAGAUCUGGAGUCGGUUUUUACCCUGACGUGCUUAUUGUUCCUUUCAACUCUCCUCUGCCCCUUUCAUUGAUUGACAGCUUCACAUCAAAUGCUACUAAAUCAGCUGUGAUUUGCGACCCUCUAUAAUCGCUCUGUUUUGAUGAAAGAAGUCUCGCUCCGACCGCUCCUUGUAAACUGACGGGCCUGACGUGGCAUUCUCUUGAUUGUUAUUUUUUUAAGGUGUCCUGCAACAGCCAGCUCCGGGCUCACUUUUGCCCAUCAUGAGUACUAUUCAGAGCCUCAAGAACUUCAUCCGCCAUGGCAAGCAGGCCCGCGUUGCCACUCCCCAUGCGGAACCCACGACAAAUGUUUCUGCGAUCCACGCAGAACAACAAAAAUCACCACAGGGCAAAUAUCCUGCGGCCCGCGGCCUGGAUGCUUUGGAUUCCAAGUUGGGGACUGCAGCUGGCAAAGGUGCAAGGGCCCACGAGUCGGAAAUUGAACAGAUAAUCGCGGAGGAGAGGCGAAGUAGGUCAACGAUGCCAAAAUACCCGGGACUGGAGAGAUGGGAUCUGGUCGAGAAAAUGGGCGAUGGUGCCUUCAGUAAUGUAUAUCGAGCCAGAGAUACGACUGGGAAAUAUGGGGAGGUUGCUAUCAAGGUCGUGCGUAAAUUCGAGAUGAACUCCAAGCAGCGCGCCAACAUCCUCAAAGAAGUUCAAAUAAUGCGCCAAAUGGACCAUCCCAAUAUCGUCAAGUUGAUUGAGUUCUCAGAGUCGAGGCAGUUUUACUAUAUUGUCCUUGAACUUUGUCCCGGUGGUGAACUAUUUCACCAAAUCGUUCGGUUGACAUACUUUAGCGAAGACCUCAGUCGCCAUGUUAUCAUACAGGUCGCGAAGGCAAUCGAGUAUCUGCAUGAACACCGUGGUGUUGUUCACCGUGACAUCAAACCUGAAAAUCUCCUUUUCUACCCUAUCCCUUUCGUUCCUACUAAAAAUCCAAAACAGCGUGCUCCUGGUGACGAAGAAAAAGCCGAUGAAGGCGAGUUCAUUCCCAAUGUUGGAGGGGGUGGUAUUGGUGUGAUCAAAGUGGCCGACUUCGGUCUCUCCAAGGUAAUAUGGGAUAAUGAAACUAUGACGCCAUGUGGUACAGUUGGCUACACCGCCCCUGAAAUCGUCAAGGACGAACGAUACUCCAAAAGCGUCGACAUGUGGGCUUUAGGCUGCGUCCUCUACACACUAUUAUGCGGCUUCCCUCCUUUCUAUGACGAGAGCAUCCAAGUCCUGACUCAGAAAGUCGCUCGGGGUCAAUAUACAUUCCUCUCCCCUUGGUGGGACGACAUCUCCAAACCUGCUCAAGACCUGGUGUCCCACUUGCUAACCGUCGACCCGGAAAAACGCUUCACCAUCAAGGAGUUCCUGCAACACCCGUGGAUCAAACAGACCAACGAAGAAACCCACGCUGCGGCCGAUGCACCCCCGCUCGCAACCGCAGCCGCACUCCCUUCGCAAUUCCUAGAAACCCCUAUCGCAGCCAUGGAUCGCAAAAUGGACUUCCGAUCUCCGGGUGCCAUUAAUCUCCGCGAAGUCUUUGACGUUGGCUACGCUGUCCAUCGCCAAGAAGAAGAGGGCAAACGACGCAAGAAUUUCAAACAUGGCUUCCGUGCUGGCUUGCGUGGCGCACUCGACCCACUCGAUGAAGGCUAUGACGGCGAUAACGUUAAUAGCGAUGACGACGACGUUCUCGAGGGAAUAAUCCAUUAUGACCAAGACAAAAAUGUUGCGAACCCGGCAAAGGUGGUGCCGCGGACGGGACACAACCCGGCAGAAGUAGCCGCCAUGGGGGCGAAGUUACAAUCCACGAAUCUGAAUGCAACUACUGCUACGCAGCCCAGUGCGGCAGCACAGGCGAGGCUGAGAGAGAAACAACAGCAGCAGCAGAGAAAAACGCAGCGACAACACGGGGGUGGUGGUUAUGGUACACAUAGUGCCGCUGUUGCGGCUGCAGCGAGGGAGAGUGCAGCGCGAUCGGCAAUGCAGCCAUUUGAGCUUAGUUUAGACAAUGCGACGUUGUUGGGGAGGAGGGGCAGGCGGCUGCAAGGACAGGAGGUUGUUUGAUGAGAAUAUUUUGGUUUUUGUUCAUUUCCCUUUUGAGUCUGUGUUGGGUAUAUGCGUGUUGAUGUUGGAUGUUUUAACGUGCGUUGCUUAUAGAUCUGGCUAGAUCUUGGUCCUUAAAUUUCUUUCUCUUUCUCGCUCCCUUUUUCCUUUUUCUUCGCCCUCCAUUCUUUACUACUGUUUUCGAUGUUGAUUUUUUUUUUUCGUUCCGAUUUAUUUGUGAUGAGUCCUCUAUUUAAUCCCCCCCCUGUCUUUUAUAUAUACUAUCUAUGCACCACGGUUUGUUUCCUUCCUCGUUGCUUCCUCACUGAUUUUUUCUCAACACUCCUAUUCUUGUGUUUAUUCGCCUCGCUUUUUGCAUAUCUAUAUAUCGUGAUAUAUUUUAUUAAUAUAUACAUAUAUAUAACUG